UCUCCUCUCUUAUCUCUUCCCUCUUAUCUCAACCUAAAUGCAAUCAUUCUUCCCCAAAACAUGGCCUUCAACUCCAAAGAACUUCACAAAACUCCCCAUGAAACCAAUUGGGUUGUGCAAAUCAACCAACUUCUCGACCCAAAUAACCUCCAAACAGCCUUACAAACGCCCACUUCCAUCUUUAAGCUGCCUAAUUCCAUCACCAAUAGCAUGCCACAAGCUUACUUCCCUCGCCACAUUGCGCUUGGGCCUUACCACCACUUCCAAAAUGAGCUCUACCAAAUGGAAUUAUACAAGCUCGACAACGCAAUCAACGCAAUAGAAUCAUUCAAACUCCCGCAACUCCAUCAAAUCGCCGCUGAUCUCGAGCAAUUCGAUAUCAAAAUCCGAUCUUGUUAUAACAAGUUUCUUGAUUUUGGGGCCGAGGCGUUGGCUUGGAUUAUGCUCAUAGAUGGGUUGUUUUUGGUUCAAAUUCUAGCCAUUUCCAACGAUGAAAAUGAUGAGCUUAGAAGAAUGCGUCAAGAUCUUUAUCUCCCUUCUCCAUUUCCAUUAUUUGUUGAACAAAAGUUGUAUUGUUCUCUAAUUGAGGCAAAUUUGAUGACCCAAGAUGAAUUAGUGAAUGAUAUUCUUAAGCUCGAGAAUCAAAUUCCAAGUUUUGUUCUCAAAAAAAUUUUGCCACAAAAUUUGAGCAACAAUUUGCAUAUCUUGUUCUUCAGAUUUUGUGAGGUUGUUUCCCCCAAGAAGCUCCCUCCUCAUGACAGCCCUCAAUUCAUGCGUUACAGCGGCUACACUGACUUGUACCAAAUUCUUGAACAAUCUCAUCAUUUGCUUCACUUUUUGUAUCUUUUGAUUUUGGAUUCAAGUUUGAGUAUUGAUCGUCCUGUUGGAAUGGCACUCUUACGUGGUUCUUUCCUUGUUGAGUUGCUUAAUGCUUUGGCCUCUGUUCUUCAAAUUGCCUUCUUACAACAGCUGAGUGAAGCUGUGGGUUUGAUCCAAAGCUUGCUUGGUUUGUUUCGGAGAGUUGGGUCGUCUUCUUCUUCCAUUGGCGAGGACAUGAACGGCCCUCCGUUGAUUCCGUCGGCCGAGCAGCUUAGACGGGUUGGAGUCAAGUUAGAAGGAAACUAUGAGGACUUUCAUGAAAGCAUCAGCUUCGAGAAAGAACGAAGAGAAACUUGUUUAAAGUUCCCAACGAUCGUCAUUAACGCCUUCUCAGAAGUAGUAUACAGCAAUCUAGUAGCAUUCGAAGGAGCAACUAAACUAAACCCGCCAUGCUUUAGCAAUUAUGUAGCGUUGAUGAGCGGGUUGAUUACAACCAUCAAAGAUGUCAAGAUAUUGAAGGAAGCAAGCAUUAUUGAGAGCCAUAUUGGAAAUGAAGAAGAGGUAGUGAAAUUGUUUGAUGGAUUGAGAAGUGUGUUGGAGCUUAAGAACAUGGCUGAGAUUCAAAUGGUUAAAGAUAUCAAUAGCUAUUAUGAAAGUUGUUGGAAGGUGAAAGCCAAAAGAUUCAUUCAGAAAUAUAUCAAUCCAAUGUUGAAGGUGAUAGUUCUUGUUGUUGUGAUUUUGCUCAUUGGUGUCGUUGUUGUACGCACAUUUUGUGGUUGGUUUGGUUGCUUGAGAAUUUUGCAUGUGGUUUCUGGUGUGUCGAAGGAUUGAAAAUGGCUACGUUUGAACGUAUGAAUAGCUCAACUCUCGAAAUUUUGUUU